AUGGCAUCCCCGAUCCUCGGGGUUAUCAGGGACUAGGACAUCGACAAUUCAAAACCCAUGAUUGGUUAGCCACACGCCCCUUGUUCGUUGGAAUUCAGCUCAGUGACCCGUCCCGGUCCCAGCAAACGAGGUGACGAUCUUCCUUCUGAGAUGUAAGCACGUCAGAGUACAGAUCUGUACAGGAAAACCUUCCGAUGCGGUCUGCCAAGCCUCGAGAAAACCAUCCGAGCGGAAGUUAUUUUGCUUCGUAAUAACGGCGUGAAGUCCGAUGAUUAUUGAAAGCUUCCGGGUUUGAAUCUUCGCAAUUCUUUUCCAUGAGAUGAUAUUCCUACCAUCCUUUAAAAAAAGUAUUUAAAAGGAAACUUGAACAAUGGCAAUGGCUUCCACAAUAGCACGUGGCUGCUGUAGGCUCUUCCCUAGCGUCCGAGCGAUUAGGGUGAUCCCUGAGCACGAUCUAGUAAACGAGAAAGCAAAAUGCAAACCAACUCGACCGCGACGGCCGUAACAGCUAAUUUGAAACACCAAGACCGACCAGAAGAUACGGGAGACAGCACGGAUGCAGAGACUUCCAGAAUCCCUAGCGAGAAAUCUCGAAGAGACUAUCGAUUCUGGGCCAUUAUUAUAGCGCUUUGCAUAGUGUCUUUGCUCUCCGCAGCUGAAAAUACAGUCGUCGUCACAUCCCUGCCGACGAUUGUUGAAAAGCUCAACGUCGGCCAGGAUUAUGUCUGGAUUAGCAAUGUCUUCUUCUUAACGAGUGCGGCCGUACAACCUCUUUGUGGGCAAUUGUCCAAUCUUUUCGGCCGACGCCAUCUCGCUCUAUCGAUUGUAGCUAUUUAUAUCGUUGGUAGUGGAAUAUGCGGUGGUGCUAGCACUCCGGCCAUGCUAAUAGCUGGCAGGGCUGUCCAGGGAGCCGGGUCAGGCGGGAUUAAUAUGAUUAUCGAUGUUAUUAUAUCCGAUCUCGUCCCCCUAAGACAACGCGGGAAUUUCAUUGCUAUCAUCCUAGCAGUAUACGGUAUUGGCACGACUUUGGGACCGUUCAUCGGCGGAAUAAUCGUUGAAAAUAUUUCCUGGAGAUGGGUCUUUUACAUCAACUUGCCGAUCGGAGCUGUGGCGUUCGUGCUCUUGUUCCUAUUUCUCCGCGUUAAUUGGGAUAAAUCCGCACCGGCCUACGAAAAGAUUCGACGGCUCGAUUAUGUUGGAAAUGGAAUCUUGAUCGCAUCUACUGUGUCGAUUUUAAUUGCAUUAACAUGGGCAGAUGUGGUAUAUCCUUGGGGCUCGUGGCAUAUUCUGGUGCCUCUGCUCGUCGGGGUUGCGGGCAUGAUGCUGUUCGUGGCGUAUGAGGGCUUGCCGUUCGUAGCUGAACCGGUCAUGCCCCUGCGACUAUUCAAUAACCGUACCGCCGUCAUCGUUUAUGUUGCCACGUUUUUGAAUUCGCUUCAGAAUUAUUGGGCGUUCUUCUUCAUCCCACUCUAUUUCCAAGGUGUUAAAUUAGCAUCGCCGGCAGAGUCUGGAAUGGACUUGUUAGUGUUCAGUCUUGUUGGCAUACCUGGAGCAGCGAUUGCGUUGCUGGUAUUGUCCAAAUGGGGCCGAUACAAGAUUCUUCAUAUUGUCGGUUCUAGUCUAUUCGCCCUCGGAAUAGGAUUGUUUAGCAUGGCUGACCAAAACACGAGCACGGCUGCUUGGGUUUGGAUGAAUAUCGCAGCAGCACUAGGAACCAGCAUGAUCAUGAAUACAUUACUCCCUGCUUUCCAAGCCUCGGUCACAGAAGCCGACCAAGCAGCCGCCACAGCGAGUUGGUCCUUCAUCCGAAGUUUUGGCAAUAUAUGGGGUGUGGCAAUCUCCGCUGCCAUCUUCAACACGUUCACCGCAAAGUACGCGCCGUUGGUUGACGACGAUAGGGCUAGAGAGUUAUUGACUUCGGGAAAUGCUUACUCGAGCGCGACUAAAGCAUUUAUAGAAUCGUUCGAGGAACCCGUACGGCAGCAGAUCCGGACGGUGUUUACUCUGGCUCUUCAUAAGGUAUUUCUGAUUGGCGUACCGUUCAUCGGAGUUAUCUUUAUCUUGACUCUCUUCGAAAAGGAGGUGAGGCUAAGGACCGAACUGAAAACCGAAUUUGGUCUCGAACAACGAGAAACCGAUGAGAGUAGAUAGGUACCUAUCUAGUAGGUACGUAGGUAGGUAAAUAGUCCUAUAAUAUUAUAUUUAAAUUAAACGUAUUAUUAUUGCGACAA